AUGGAACGAGAUACUAUUGCCAGUGCUCUGGGUCCGUAUGCAGCCCUUCCCCACGUGGCACUCUUCCCCUUCAUGUCCAAAGGGCACAUCAAUCCACUGCUCCACCUCGCCUGUGUCCUCCACCGCCGCCGACUCGCCACUUUCACCUUCUUCACCACACCUGGAAACUCUCCCUACGUCCGCUCCGCCCUCGUUGGCGUCGACCCCGUGGCCGGGGGAAUCGUAGAGCUCUCAUUCCCUGUCGACAAUCCGGGUAUCCCCGCUGGGGUCGAGAGCACCGACGAGCUCCCCUCCAUGUCUCUCUUCCUCGACUUCGUUAACGCCACUAAGCGCCUCCGGCCGGAGUUCGAGCUCGCGCUCGGGGCCAUCCGCCCACGCCCCAGUUUGCUCAUCUCCGACGGCUUCCUCGGCUGGACGGUAGAGUCCGCCAGGGACCUCGGCAUACGAAGGCUUUCUUCUUACGGGAUGGGCUUCCACACCAUGACCGUAAACAGCCUCUUACUUAUUACCCGCCCUCACGCCAGCAUCUCCUCCGAGGGGGAGCCCUUCGAAGUACCCGGCCUCGGUCACGUUCAGUUCACCAAGGGCGACCUGUCACCGCCAUUCGACGACCCCUGUGCAAGUACCCCCCUUGGGGACUUCGUCCGCGAGCAGGAGAAAUUCGACACGCAAAGCUUCGGGCUCGUGAUGAACAGUUUCUACGAGAUGGAGGCGGCUUAUGCAGAUCAUUGGCAUCGACACUUCACAAAGGCCUGGUGUGUGGGUCCCCUGUUACUGGGCUUGCCUGAGGAGAGGUCGCUCCGGGGAAAGUGUGCGGAGUGGCUCGACGCCCGGGCGGCGGAGGGCAGGCCAGUUCUGUAUGUCUCCUUUGGGACACAGGCGGAGCUGCCGGUGGCGCUGGUUGAAGAGGUCGCCGCAGGCCUGGAGAAUUCUGGGGCGGACUUCCUGUGGGUUCAGCGGCGGAAGGAGUCGUCUGGGUUCGCAGAGAUGGCUGGGGGAAGGGGACUGGUGGCGAGUGAGUGGGUUCCGCAGACAGGAGUGCUCGCCCACGCCGCCGUGAAGGGGUUCCUGAGCCACUGCGGAUGGAACUCCGUCCUGGAGAGCGUCUGCGCUGGGGUGCCCAUCCUCGCGUUGCCGCUGAUGGCAGACCAGCCCCUAAACGCGAAGUUUGUGGUGGAGGAGCUCGGGAUCGGCCAGCGGGUUCGGACGGUGGACGGCACGCGGAGGGAUCUGGUGAAGAGGGAGGACAUAGAGGAGAUGGUGAGGGAGCUACUGGCGGGGGAGAAGGGACGAGAGGCGGCAGCGAGGAUGGCGGAGCUGCGGAUCGCCGCUCGAAGGGCCAUGGAGGAUGGCGGGUCGUCGUGGCGUGCGCUGGAGGAGAUGGUGGGAGGGGUUUCCUCUGCGGCGGUUGCCGUGGGGGGAAAGGUUUCCCCACCGGGUCCCGCCGCGCACUGA